GUGGAAUAAGACACUUAAGUGUUCCAGUGUGCAGACGCGUCACUUUGCGUGGAUGAUUAUAUUAAUAUUUUUUCUCUUUUAAAAACACGGCGUGACAUUGUCUGACUACAAGGACUUUGUGGGAGGAUAAAGCGUUUAUUUCUGGCCGCGCAUUUUUUUUGGUUUACGCUGUUCCUGACGUUCCAGCGCAGCGAGUCGGCUGAAAUUACACCUCCAGGACUUUUUUGGUAACUUAUUAGAAAAGAAAAGAAAAAAAGUCACCAUGGCAGAGACGUCGGCAGCUCCAGCCAAAACCAAGAAGACAGCCAAGCCCAAGAAACCUGCUUCUCAUCCCAAAUACUCGGAGAUGAUUAAAGCCGCUAUUGUUCACGACGCGAGCCGGAGCGGAGCGUCCCGUCAGUCCAUUCAGAAGUACGUGCGCAAGAACUACAAGGUGGGAGAUAACUCCGAUGUGCAGAUUAAAUUGGCCCUGAAGAGGAUGGUGCAAACCGGGACACUGCGCCACACCAAAGGCGUCGGCGCGUCCGGAUCCUUCAGGAUCACCAAGCCGGAGGACUCCAAAAAGCCCACCAAGGCAGCGCCAGCCGCCAAACCGAAGAAGGCGGCGAAGCCCAAACCCAAGAAGGCAGCCAAACCCAGGAAGGCGAUCAAGACGGCGGAAAAACCCAAGAAGGCAGCUGCAAAGAAAGUGAGAAAGGUCGCGAAAAAGGCGACGCCAGUGAAAGCCAAAAAGGCACCAGUGAAGAAAGCCAAGGCACCCAAGCCCAAGGCAAAACCAGCAAAGAAGGCAACCAAGCCCAAAGCAAAGACGACCAAGAAGGCAGCCAAAUCAGGAAAAAAGAAGUAAACAAAAAAGGACACUAUGAGAAAGAAAGUCACUGUAAAUACUUAAGGAAAUGUUUUCGUAUAUGUAUUAUUUUUGUAAGGUCUCAUGCAAACUCAUGCUGUUUUUACCAGUAGUUUUCUCUCCACUGCACUAUAGCCUGAAGAAGCUGUAGAGAUAAUUGUGAGCAUUUUUAUUGCGUUAAUAAUACUGUUCAUUUCUGUCUGAUCCUUGGAUAUAUAUAAGCUAGACUGGGAUCUUGCUGAAAGUGUAUAUACAGUCCGACUAACUAUAGUUAUUGUUAGUGCACGGGGUCAUACUGAAAAUACAAAUGUUUGAAUGGUGAGCAUUGUUGAGCCUUUACAAUGUACAGACCAUAGGCAGUGGACGUCAGCAAGAUUGUUCCUAAAGGCUCUAUAGUUGUCAUUCAGCGUCCAUUCUGUAAAUUAUUCUCAUGUUCAGACGACUCAUGAUAUACAAACAUCCCACUGUGUUCAGUCACUUUUAAAGACUGUUGACACUGCAGUUCAAUAAACCUUUGUCAUCUUCUAAAAAAAACAACAAAAAAAAACACAAUUGUGUCUGUGAACUUUUCUUGCGCGCAUUUUACGCAUGCGUAAUAUGCGUGGUGAAGUGUUUUGAAGAAUUUCUGGGCACAUUAAAGAUGAAAAAGCGUUCAUAUAAAAUUAAA